AAAUUAAAAUAAUUUUUCUGUUGGACCAGAACUCUCCUAUUGGAAUUUUAUUUAUUUUUUUCAACUUCUGAUGUCAGAUCACCUGACAACAUGUGUGCGCGGAUACCUGACUGUCAGGCCGUAUAUGGAUGCUGUGGUUGCCUUGGUAACGCUGAUGCUGGAUACAGGAUUGCCCUGCUUCCGCGGUCAGACCAUCAAACUGCUCAAGCAGCGUUUUAACCCUGGAGUGAGUGAGAAGGAAGCAGCAGCUUUUAUCAUCAAAGUCAUUCAGAACUGCUUCCUGAGCAGCAGGAGCAAAACGUAUGACAUGAUCCAGUACUAUCAGAACCAGAUCCCCUACUGAAGGCCAGAGAAACCUGAGUGUGUGUGUUUCUCUUACUCUCUUAAUGCUAAAUUGCACUGCUGUCUCGGUCUGGUGUGUUUGUGCACUUUAUACACCUGAAAUGUUUGCAUGGAUUUCUACGCACUGAUAUCAGCACUUAUGAGACGUUUUCUGCACACGUCACACUGUCUGCUGCAUGAUGGGUUCAACUGUAAACAUUACAAAAUCACUUUUGUGCCAUUUUGAUUUGUAUUUGAUGUGAUUUUAUUGUCAGUCUUAAAUAAUUUCCAGGUAAAUCAUGUAGUCUGUAAACUACAGCAGAUGUGUUUAUGGACAUGAACGGCCUGGACUGCGGACAAAUGUCAUAUUUCAGAGGUGACGAAUUUACACAUUAACGCACAAACUAACAAAAAUCAGCAUUUGAUUAUAUUUAUUAUGAUGUAAUGGAGGACAGAUGUUUGAAAAGUGUUUGGUAUUUCUCGGCAGUGUUCACAGCUCUGAAUAUGUUUUCAUAUUUCUGAAUCACUGCUUGUUUUGCAGUAUAUGACUGUUUAUUGAUCAAUUGAUUUGUACAGUGAGACUAAUCUUUGUUUGCUCAUUUGUUAGCAUCAGUUUUAUGGCCCUCUUUCUAUUCUAUUCUAUUAUUUAUUCUGUGUGUGAUAUUUAAUAAAUGCCCACAGUAGUUGCCUGUA